GGCCUGCUCCAGCAACCUUGGCCCGGCCGGGAGGGAAGAAGGGAGGGAGGCUCAGUGGGUGGAGACUCGGGGAAAAGGGAGGAAGGGGGCGGAUCGCAGCGGAGGAAGAGGCAGCCAGAAAGAGAGAGAGAGAGAGAGAAGGAGGGAGGCUUGUUUGGUAUUGCCCUCUCGCCAAAGGAUCCUCGCAGCAGCAACAGCAGCAACAGCAGUAGGAGAAGCUGCUCUUCUGCAGCGGCCUUAAAGGCGACGUCGCCGCCGGUGCAUCCUCCAGCCCCGGGUCGAAGGGCUCUCUCUCUCCGCCUGACUCAUAAUUGCUGCCUCCUCCCUCCCUGCCCGUUUCCUUGGGCUCUUCAGGUGCGGCGCCUCUCCGGAGCCUUGCAGACAACAGAACAGACCUUCGGAUUUCAGGCCGGGGAAAUCGCCAUGCGUCCCUUCCUGAUGAGAAAUGUUCCAGAAGCUCAAGGCUGCCAAAUCUCCAUCUCGAUGAAACAGUGAUGAUGGGAAGCUGUUUGCAUUUUUACCUUGGAAAGGAACUCUGAAUGGAUUUGCCAUGGUGACAUGAAAAAAGCUCAGGAUGGAUAAUGGACUGUCAGAGGGGCGAUCCCACGCCCAUGAUCCCUCUUGGUGAAAUUAGCCUUCCUUUCUUGAGUCAGGAUCUGGAGGGAGGAAGGGGGGGCAGGGUGGUGGGUGGGGAGGGGGACACAACCUGAACACUCUCCCAAAGCAAGGAUGACUCUGGUCAGGCUCCGGAGGAGUUUCCGGCAGGUGUCUCCUCAGGUGGUGCUCUUUGUGCUGUUUGCUUUCUGCUUGCUCAGUGUUUUUGUCUCAGCCUACUAUUUAUAUGGGUGGAAGCGAGGGCUAGAGCCCUCAGGGGACAUCCCAAGCCCAGACUGUGAUGAGCCGAAGGUUGCCCCUUCGCGCCUCCUCCCGUUAAAGCCCAUCAAAGUGGUGGAUUCCUCCCGCACAGACCCUUUGGUCCUUGUGUUUGUGGAAAGCUUGUACUCUCAGCUGGGUCAGGAGAUCGUGGCUAUCUUGGAAUCCAGUCAUUUCAAAUACCUGACUGAGAUUGCUCCAGGGAAAGGGGACAUGCCCACACUGACUGACAAGGACCGAGGACGUUUUGCACUGAUCAUCUACGAGAACAUCCUGAAGUAUGUGAACCUGGAUGCCUGGAACCGGGAGCUCUUGGACAAGUACUGUGUUGAGUAUGGCGUAGGAAUCAUUGGCUUUUUUAAGGCCAAUGAGAACAGCCUGCUGAGUGCUCAACUGAAGGGCUUCCCCCUCUUCCUCCACUCCAACCUUGCGCUUAAGGACUGCAGCAUCAAUCCCAAAUCACCACUCCUGUACAUCACGCGGCCCAGCGAGGUGGAGAAGGGGCUCCUUCCAGGGGAGGACUGGACAGUCUUUCAAUCAAACCAUUCCACCUAUGAACCAGUUCUCCUGGCUAAAACUAAGUCUGCUGAGUCCAUCCCACACAUGAGCAUCGAUGCUGCACUCCAUACCACUGUGGUACAGGACCUGGGCCUUCAUGAUGGCAUCCAGAGAGUCCUUUUUGGCAACAACCUCAACUUUUGGCUUCACAAACUGGUUUUUGUGGACGCGGUCUCUUUCCUCACUGGCAAGAGGCUUUCCCUCCCACUGGACCGUUACAUCUUAGUAGACAUUGAUGAUAUCUUUGUGGGCAAGGAGGGUACGCGAAUGAAGGUGGACGAUGUAAAGGCUCUGUUUGAUACCCAGAAUGAACUGCGCACCCAUAUCCCAAAUUUCACCUUCAAUCUGGGUUACUCAGGGAAAUUCUUCCACACAGGUACCGAUGCAGAGGAUGAGGGAGACGACCUGCUGCUGUCCUAUGUGAAGGAGUUCUGGUGGUUCCCCCACAUGUGGAGUCACAUGCAGCCUCACCUUUUCCACAACCAGUCUGUGCUGGCGGACCAAAUGACCAUGAACAAAAAGUUUGCUGUUGAGCAUGGCAUCCCCACUGACAUGGGAUAUGCAGUGGCACCCCAUCAUUCAGGCGUGUAUCCGGUCCACGUUCAGCUCUACGAAGCCUGGAAGCAGGUCUGGGGCAUCAGAGUCACAAGCACCGAAGAAUAUCCCCACCUCAAACCAGCUCGCUACCGGCGGGGUUUUAUCCACAAUGGAAUCAUGGUCCUCCCACGACAAACAUGUGGCUUGUUCACUCAUACCAUCUUCUACAAUGAGUAUCCCGGUGGCUCCAGUGAACUGGAUAAGAUCAUUAAUGGAGGCGAACUGUUUCUGACUGUGCUACUUAAUCCUAUCAGUAUCUUCAUGACUCACCUCUCCAAUUAUGGGAAUGACCGUCUCGGUUUGUACACCUUUAGACACUUGGUCCGGUUCCUCAACUCCUGGACGAACUUGAAGUUGCAAACACUGCCACCUGUGCAGCUGGCACAGAAGUAUUUCCAGAUAUUUUCAGAGGAGAAAGAUCCUCUUUGGCAAGAUCCCUGUGAGGACAAACGCCACAAGGACAUUUGGUCCAAAGAGAAGACCUGUGAUCGGUUUCCCAAGCUGCUAAUCAUUGGCCCACAGAAGACAGGUACUACAGCUCUCUACCUGUUCCUGGGGAUGCACCCUGACCUGAGCAGUAACUAUCCCAGCUCGGAGACAUUUGAAGAGAUUCAGUUCUUCAAUGGGCAUAAUUACCACAAAGGCAUCGACUGGUACAUGGAGUUUUUCCCCAUCCCUUCCAACACCACCUCUGACUUCUAUUUUGAGAAGAGUGCCAAUUAUUUUGACUCGGAAGUAGCACCCAGGCGGGCAGCCGCACUCCUUUCCAAGGCCAAAAUAAUCACCAUCCUCAUUAAUCCAGCCGAUAGAGCAUACUCAUGGUACCAGCACCAACGGGCACAUGAUGACCCAGUUGCCCUGAAGUACACCUUUCAUGAGGUCAUCACAGCUGGGCCUGAGGCCUCUCAGAAGCUCCGGACACUGCAGAAUCGCUGCCUUGUGCCAGGCUGGUAUGCCACCCACAUUGAACGCUGGUUGAAUAAUUUCCAUGCCAACCAGAUUCUUGUUUUGGAUGGCAAAUUGCUACGCACAGAACCAGCUAAAGUGAUGGAAGUAGUCCAGAAAUUCCUCGGCGUGACAAACAUCAUAGAUUACCACAAAACUUUAGCGUUUGAUCCCAAAAAAGGAUUCUGGUGCCAACUCCUGGAGGGAGGAAAAACCAAGUGCUUGGGCAAAAGUAAAGGACGGAAGUACCCAGAGAUGGAUUUAGAUUCGAGAGCUUUCUUGAGAGACUAUUAUAGGGACCACAACAUAGAGCUAUCCAAGCUACUGUAUAAAAUGGGCCAGACGCUGCCAACGUGGUUGCGAGAGGAACUCCAGAAUACUAGAUAACCACUUUGUAUCUGUCCUGUAUUGAGCAAUAGUAAAGUGAGUCCAUGGUGAGGAUCUCAGAUGUGUACGCUGAGACAAAAUGACAUGAUACAGUAUGGGAUGUGCAGCCAGGGAAGAAGCAUUUUGAGCAAUAUCCACUCAAGGUUGUCUGGUGGCAAAUGGAAAAAUGAUCCCAUAGAGUUAACAUUGUAGCUUGGAAGAAGUCAACCACCUGAAACCUGCCAGAGUUAAACACUCUAUGCCCCAGAGGCCAAGCCACCAUCACACAGAUCUCUUCUGCCUUCCCUAGGAGCAAUGCUUUACUGCUAGAAUUGAGGUUGCCUCCUAGUCUGUAAUGCCACUUCCUGGUGAAGAGAAUCCAUGAUGGAUCUGCUCUUUUCUCCACACUUCAGUCCCAACAUCUGAUACAGUAUUACAGCCAGAAGUCUCCUUCUCCUCACAUGGCGGAGUUAUGAAAAUGGCAUUGAAGGACUCACCACAAGAGCUGAUUAGUAAUAGUUCUUGCACCGUAUCAGUUGAGAGAGGGACAUCAUAAGUAAUAUGAACUUGGAACCAGAUGCAGGCCCUGCUGCAAGCUCGGACCUAAUUAUGCAAUUUGGACUCAGACUGAGACUGGACUGAGAUGGUGUUAAUGGAGUACAGUUCUAAGCAAAAAGAGAUGUUUUGUUUGUUUCAUUUUUUAAAAAUACAAGGUGACUUUGAAAGACUUUGGUGCUGGCAAUAUUUAGAUUAUCCCAGAUGGAUUAUUUAUUUCCAUCUUCUUAUUUUAAGGUUGUAAUUGGGUGAAGGGGGGGAGGAAUAUGGGUGGGAAUAACCAUUCAUCUGGCAAUGUGCUUAGUGCAAGAGAUCUUGCUCCAGAGAGUUAUUCUGACAUGUCCUUCUCACACCUCUCUCUCUACAUUUUAAAUACAAGUUAGUUCCUGUGGUUGAAGAUGGGGAUUGUUCAUCAUCUUUGUUACUUCUAGUACACAUGACCUACCAGCUCAGAAUAACAAAAUGUUACCCAGAUUUGAAUUAUGUGUGUUGAAAAGAUUGCUUACAAACAGUGAAGUUUUAAAGCAUCAUAAUAGCAGUCUUUUCUGUCUUAAGCUGUCUUUUGUGGGGCAAGGAUAUGCUGGAGUUGUGUUUCAGGUAACGGGUUUAUUUUACUCCUUUUUAUAAUUGAAGAGAAAAGUGGUCUUUGGAUUAGUUGAUAUGCUGGCGUGAUGUCCUUGUAUGAGAAGGAUGUUAAGGGUUGAGUCUGUUCCCACCAGUUGAACUGAAUCCUCUCUUCCAGUAUUUCCUAUUGGAGCUGGAACUGAGAAAGCCUGUUAAGAUAGCAGCUGUAGUUUGUGUAUAUAUAAUUAAUUUACAAACAGGCUGUGGGUGGUAGUGUCAUUCAUAUAAAACUGAGUAUAUGAAUGAAUUCUUGCUCAUUAACAUGUUAAAGAGAACAACAAAUGGUUUUGUCACUUAACCAUUCAGCCAUUUGGAACUGGGAAGCCUGAGAUGUUGGAGGAGUCAAAUAAUUUUCAGAAAGGCGCCUCAGUGGUGGGAUUCAUGUUCUAGAGUACAGCAGUCCUUUGAGACCAACCCUCAAAUAAUUCUGGUAACAACCAAAAAGAUCCUUGAUAGUAAAGCCAGUAGAAUAGACUUGCUAGAUCAGGAACUAAAGGGUAAGCAUAGAAAAUGUACUGGAAUGGGAAGAGGGGGUUUAUUGAUGUUUAUCUCACCAGAUCGCCUUUGUGCUAUUGCUUGAGAUCUACCCAAAAGCAUCUAGCUGGCCAUUGCUGGAAACAAUAUGCUGAACUGGCUGGAUCCAGAUGGUGUUCUCUUUCCUCCUUUCUCCUAUGAAGUAUCCUUCAUACUAGCUACCAUCUGAUGGUUGCCAGUUAAAUACUGUCUUCCCCUCCACUGUGCCUGAGUGCCAUCUUGUGGGUCAGCCCAGAAAUUACAGAUGGCCUUUCAUUUUUUCCUCAUUGCUUUUGUUUUAAACAGCUGUAUCAAUAAGAGAGAUGCAACUGAAAUAGAAGAAGCAUUUCGGAAUUUGAAUUGGAGUGGUGAUAAUGCUGUAGCGACAAUGCCUCUUUGUUCAAAAAUAAUAUUUCACCUGUGGCCUUCUAUACCAAGAGACUUUGAAAAUAUGCUGGCAGCAAAAAGAUGUUUUCUCUCCAGGCACAUAAGUCCAGAUGAACCACUUUUCCAUGUAGGAAGACCAUAGCAAACUGCACUGAGGUAGGGUUUCCUACAUCUGAUAUAUGUACGGAGCAGGAAGGAGGUAGGUGCAUUUGAGCAACUACCGCUGAGAUAACUUCAAGCCCACCCUAGGAACUUAUAUGAAUUCUGUAUAUAUUCACAAUGUGAAAGGAGGUGCUGGAUCUUCCACAUUCACAAACUGAGCAACUCAGCAAAGGUAUUGUAACCAUGACUGCUAGAACAGAGAUGCUCCAGCCUGAGAAGAGUGAGAAGGAUCCUUCAUAUAUUGGCCAUGCCCUGGUGUGUUUACGUUUGAGAACCUUUUCUUGGAGGAGAAGACAUCUGGGUUUCACUGCUUUUCCAAACAUACUGCUGAAUUGGCAGUAAUUCUCUGAAAUCAAGUUUAUAAUCAGUUCAACAAUGUCUUCAGUUUAGAGCAAGAGAUGGGUUUAGUGAAUUGGAUUCUACACAACACUUUAUGCUCCUUUACCCGUGGAAUGUAAGAGAUGGCGACUCUUUAAAAUCCCAGUCCCAUUCCUGACCUGGUCAUCUCUGUGGGCUCCCCUCUCAGAUGUGUAAAUGGAUCUCCUAGCCUCAUUUGUCUGUCUGAAGGAUGAGUUCGAAGGCCCUUGGGAGAGUCCUCCAAGAAACCACUUUAGCAGAUGAGCUGCAGCGGGCAUUGUUCAUGCUCAUGCUUGCUGCUGUUUCUGUCUUUCUUAAAUAACAAAAUGAUGUAGAAGUCUUAGAAGCUUAAUGCUAGCUCCUGAAACAUGCAUUCUACAAAUGUAUGGCAUCACAUUGCCAAAGGGACAACUGCAACUUAAACAGAAAAAACCCUAAAGUUACACAAGCUCAUUGUUUGCGAAAGUAUUAAUAUAAACUCUCAAAUGCUGGUUUGAUUUAGCCAACACUGCAUGAAGAGAAAUUUGCCUCUCUCACUUGGUCAGUCGGUCAGCGAGGCAACAUUUCCCCUAGCUGAAUAGACUUUAAGAAGGACAAAUGUUGUUUUAUUGCAGUGCUUUCUUUUUUUCCAUAAUGAAAGGAGGAGCCCUUGAGGGGUUUCCAUUUUUAUGUUUGCAUGAGAUUCUGUAUGGUUUCCCAUUGGCUGAAGGGUAUCUUCAUGGUGGGAGGGAGGAAAGAGGUCGGAAUACUUUUAAGAGUCUUUCUCCCAUAUUUUUAAUCUGUACUUGAACUCAUUUUGGGUUCAGAAAAUUGUGUCACUAAUGUAAGGUCCUGUUGAACUAACUGCUAAUAAAAUGGGGUUAUCUGUUUUUAGA